ACAUCGAUGUUGGCGUGCCAAACAUCGAUUACCUAUGCCUUGAAAACAUCGAUGUCUUCCACCUCUAAAGUAGGGUUGUCGUCGGGCCAUCAGCAAUCCAAAUGAACUCCUACGCCACCCAGGAAGCAGUUAGUGAGCAGGAGGAAACCGUCGCCCGCAAGGGCCACUUCUACGGCGUCUAUUUGCUUUGCAGUCAGAGUUUGGAUCCUCGAUAUAGAGGAAAGUGCUGGGGCUUCACCGUGAACCCAAAACGCCGGAUACGCCCAAAUCUGGGGUGCGACUUUGGAGGCGCAAGAAAAACCAGCCGCAAGGGGCCCUGGCAAAUGGUAAUGAUCGUUCACGGAUUCCCGAAUAAUAUUGUGGCACUACAGUUUGAGUGGGCUUGGCAACAGCCCUCGCUUUCCACUAGACUCAAAAUGUACCCAGAGUUAAGACGGAAAUUGCCCAGGGAGAACUACUUUGACUACAACUUCAGGAUCCUUAGUAAGAUGCUGGGAGUCGGCCCUUGGCAUCGAUUGCCCCUCACCGUUCGCUGGCUAGAGACGGAUUAUGAGAGGGCAUUUGAUGUGCCACUUCCUAGCCAAAUGGAGAUUGUAAGUGGUAAGGUUUCCAUUAGUGCCUCACAACGUAAGAGAGCUGAUGACGCUGAGGCUCCUCCACCUGUGGCUUGGGCUCCCGAGUGUCACCUAUGUAUACAGCAAAUCGAGCAGCCGGAAAGAUCCCGGCUUGGAUGUACAAAUCCGACCUGUCGGCUCACCUGCCACAUGCUGUGCUUGGCCAAUUAUCUCCUGGGCGAUGAGCCUGGUCACUAUAUCCCAAUUGGAGGCGAGUGCCCGCUUUGCGAGACCCGCCUCAGUUGGGCAGCCCUACUGCAGCGCAAACGUCUCCUGUCGGGCGUGCCCGAGGAACUGCAGGACCAGGAAGACGAUCUUAGCGAUGAAAUCGAUGUGGACAGCGAGGUGGAAUAUGUGCCGGAUUGAUGUUGAACUACUUAAGUUUUCGUGAAGGACACUGAGUUUUACAUCUCUGUGAAUUUUCACCGUUUUCAAUCAGUAAACCAAAAUGUGCCUGUUUUGGCCAUCGUUUCCGUAUGUCUACAAUAAUUCUAGAGUUAUUACUAAUGUAGGAGAAAAAUAAAUUUCUUUAGUGAUGAAGUA